AUUGUGGUGGUUAAUUUUCAGGGAGUAUAUGGUUAUCCUAUUGAGAUCCAAGCACUCUUCUUUAUGGCACUGAGAAGUGCUUUGGCAAUGAUGAAGCACGACACAGAAGGGAGCGAAUUUAUUGAGAGAAUAGUGAAGCGUCUACAUGCCUUGAGUUAUCACAUGAGAAGUUAUUUCUGGCUUGAUUUCCAACAAUUAAAUGACAUAUACCGCUAUAAAACUGAAGAAUAUUCUCAUACUGCAGUAAAUAAGUUCAAUGUUAUCCCUGAUUCAAUCCCAGAAUGGGUAUUUGAAUUUAUGCCAACACGUGGCGGUUACUUUAUCGGGAAUGUUAGUCCAGCAAGGAUGGACUUCAGAUGGUUUGCUUUAGGAAACUGUAUUGCCAUCUUGUCCUCCCUUGCCACUCCCGAGCAGGCUUCCGCUAUUAUGGAUCUCAUAGAAGCACGCUGGGACGAGCUAGUAGCAGAGAUGCCUUUAAAAAUAUCUUAUCCAGCACUAGAAAAUCAUGAAUGGCGACUUAUAACUGGUUGUGAUCCCAAGAAUACCAGGUGGAGUUACCAUAAUGGAGGAUCUUGGCCAGGUUCUUCCUUCAGCUCUUCACUUGAUUUUUUUACUAACUUUAACGAUUUCUUAUUAAGAAAGAAAAAGGAAUGUAGAGCAUGAAUUAGAUGAUCAUAA